AUGGCCCACGUAGCCGCUUUACCGGUAAACUUUACAAUCGACCAGAUCCGUGCCAUCAUGGACAAGAAGGCCAACAUCCGAAACAUGUCCGUGAUUGCGCACGUCGAUCACGGAAAGUCCACCCUGACAGACUCCCUCGUGUCGAAGGCCGGUAUCAUCGCCUCCGCCCGUGCCGGCGAGACCCGAUUCACCGACACGCGAAAGGAUGAACAGGAACGUUGCAUUACCAUCAAGUCAACUGCCAUCUCCAUGUUCUACGAGCUGUCCGAAAAUGACAUGGCCUUCAUCAAGCAGUCCAAGGAUGGCUCUGGCUUCUUGAUCAACCUGAUUGACUCUCCCGGACACGUCGACUUCUCCUCUGAAGUGACUGCUGCUCUUCGUGUCACUGACGGAGCCCUGGUGGUCGUUGACUGCGUUUCUGGCGUGUGCGUCCAAACCGAGACAGUACUCCGUCAGGCUAUCUGUGAGCGCAUCAAGCCUGUCCUGAUGAUGAACAAGAUGGACCGUGCCUUGUUGGAGCUGCAGCUGGAUCCCGAGGAGCUAUUCAAAACUUUCCAGCGCAUCAUUGAGGACGUCAACGUCAUCAUUUCCACUUAUGGUGAAGAAGAUGGGCCCAUGGGCAAUAUUCAGAUCGAUCCAAUCGUUGGCACAGUCGGCUUUGGCUCUGGCCUCCACGGAUGGGCUUUCACCCUCAAGCAGUUUGCUGAGAUGUAUGCAGCCAAGUUUGCUGCCAAAGGGAACACCAAGAUGACUCCUGCAGAGCACUGUAAGAAGGUUGAAGACAUGAUGAAGAAGCUGUGGGGUGACAGGUUCUUUGACACUGCCACUGGCAAGUUUCUCAAGACUGGAAGCGCAACCGCCCCUCGCAGCUUUGUCCAUCUUAUCCUUGAUCCCAUCUACAAGGUGUUCGACGCCAUCAUGAACUUUAGAAAGGAAGAGGCUGCCAAGCUCAUUGAGAAGCUCGAGAUCAAGUUGGAUGUUGAGGACAAGGACAAAGAAGGCAAGCCCCUGCUGAAGGCUGUGAUGCGUCGCUGGCUGCCAGCCGGAGAGGCCCUCCUUCAGAUGAUCACCAUCCACUUGCCCUCCCCUGUCACUGCCCAGAAGUACCGUUGCGAACUGCUCUACGAAGGACCCGAUGAGGAUGAAGCCGCUAUGGGUAUCAAGAACUGUGACUCUAAAGGUCCUCUAAUGAUGUACAUCUCUAAGAUGGUACCCACCAGUGACAAGGGACGCUUCUAUGCCUUUGGCCGUGUCUUCUCUGGGACCGUUUCUACUGGUCUUAAAGUGCGCAUCAUGGGACCCAAUUAUACUCCUGGAAAGAAAGAAGACCUCUACUUGAAACCUAUCCAGAGGACCAUUCUUAUGAUGGGUCGCUAUACUGAGCCCAUUGAAGAUGUGCCCUGUGGCAACAUCGUGGGUCUGGUUGGUGUGGAUCAGUUCUUGGUCAAGACUGGAACAAUCACCACCUUUGAGCAUGCACACAACAUGAAAGUGAUGAAGUUUAGUGUCAGCCCCGUUGUGAGAGUGGCCGUGGAAGCCAAAAACCCGGCUGAUCUGCCCAAGCUGGUGGAGGGUUUGAAGCGUCUGUCCAAGUCUGAUCCCAUGGUGCAGUGCAUCAUUGAGGAGUCUGGAGAGCACAUUGUUGCUGGAGCUGGAGAGCUGCAUCUCGAGAUCUGCCUUAAGGAUCUCGAGGAGGACCAUGCUUGUAUCCCACUCAAGAAAUCUGAGCCUGUGGUAUCAUACAGAGAGACAGUCAGUGCCGGAUCCUCAGUCAUGUGUCUGUCCAAGUCCCCAAACAAGCACAACCGUCUGUUCAUGAAGGCCCGCCCCUUCGAAGACGGUUUGGCCGAGGACAUUGAGAAGGGUGAAGUCACGGCCCGUCAGGAGAUGAAAGCCCGUGCCCGCUACCUGGCAGAUAAGUAUGAGUGGGAAGCCACAGAUUCCAAGAAGAUCUGGUGCUUUGGACCUGAUGGAACUGGGCCCAACCUGCUGGUGGAUGUGACCAAGGGUGUGCAGUACCUCAACGAGAUCAAGGACAGCGUUGUAGCUGGCUUCCAGUGGGCUGUCAAGGAGGGAGUCCUCUGCGAAGAGAACAUGCGUGCUGUUCGCUUCGAUAUCCAUGAUGUUACCCUGCACACAGAUGCUAUCCAUCGUGGUGGUGGCCAGAUUAUGCCCACCACUCGAAGAGUUCUGUAUGCAUGCGAGCUCACAGCUGAGCCCAGACUUAUGGAGCCUGUCUACUUGGUGGAAAUCCAGUGUCCCGAGGUUGCGAUGGGUGGAAUUUACGGUGUGUUGACCAAGAGGCGCGGUCAUGUGUUUGAGGAGGCCAGUGUCCACGGUACACCUAUGCGUGUCAUCAAGGCCUACCUGCCUGUCAUGGAAUCCUUCGGUUUUACAGCUGACCUUCGUUCCAACACUGGUGGUCAAGCCUUCCCCCAGUGCGUCUUUGACCAUUGGCAGAUCCUCCCUGGAAACCCAUUGGAGCCCUCAACCAAGCCUGGUAUUGUGGUCACCGAAACACGUAAACGCAAGGGUCUCAAAGAAGGUGUCCCAGCCUUGGAUAACUACCUGGACAAAUUGUAA